GCCUGAGUCAGUUCAAGUUUGGUUGGUGGAGUCUAUAAGGUGGUAGCCACAGAAGCUUCUCCAUUGCCACACUGAGUGACUGCAGAAGGUGGUGUGCACACAGGUCUACAAAAAAACUUCAGAAGAAAGGGACUACACAAUAUGGUCUUCAGAAUCUUUUCCAGAAAAUCUCAUUCUCUCAUGAUGGCUGAAAAAUACCACUGAUGCUAUGGCAACAUUAGAGCAUGUGUCUCAAUGCCUGGAGGGACCUUGAGGAUCCCUAGGGACAAUGUCUGAAAAGAUACAUUAUUCUCUAUUUGCAUCUGAACAGCUGAAGACAUUCACCUCUCAGAUCAUCUUCCUGAGGGAAGGGGGCUGAGGUGUUACACAAGAUGUUUGUGAUUAAUGAACCCCAGAACCUGCAGAUUCUGUAUGAAUCCUUGGAAAAGAGCAUCCCUGAGUCCUAUAAGGUAUAUGGAGCUAUUUUUCACAUUAAAAAUAAAAACCCAUUCAACCUGGAGGUGCUGGUGGAUGCCUGGCCAGAUUAUCAGAUAGUCAUUACUCGACCUAAGAAAGAGGAGAUGAAAGAUGAUCUGGAUCACUAUACCAACACUUACCACAUCUUCACCAAAGCUUUUGACAACUUGGAGGAAGUCCUGGCAUCCCCCCAGGUUAUCAACUGGGAGCAAGCCUUCCAGAUCCAAGGUUGCCAAGAGAACUUGGGUGAGGCAAUAAAAAAGGUUUCAGCUUCAAAAUCAGUGCAGGUGGAUUACACGAAGACCACGCUCUUUACGUUAGAUAUAUCAGAGAUAUUCAAGACAUCAAGUGAUGGCAAUGUGAAUUUGGUGCUAACUAAAAUGUUCAACAUGGAUGAAGCUAGCAAGAAAGGAGACUUUUCAAGCAUCUUCUUGGAUGCCUCACAUGCAGGGCUUGUGAAUGAGAAUUGGGACUUUGGAAAAAAUGAGAGGAGCUUGAAAUAUGUUGAACACUGCCUCCAGCAUUUUCCAGGAUUUGGCUUGCUGGGUCCAGAGGGGGUUCCUAUCUCUUGGGUUGUGAUGGAACAGUCCUGUGAGAUAAGAAUGGGUAAUACUGUCCCUAAAUACCGACGCCAAGGCAACAUGAUGCAAAUUGGUUACCAUGUGGUAGAGUAUCUCAUUCAGAAAAAAAUACCGUUCUAUUUUCAUGUGGCAGAUAAUAGAGAAGAUUACAUACAGACACUGAGAAGCUUUGGAUUUAAGUUUCUUCCUUGUGGCUGGCAUCAGUGGAAGUGCAUCCCCAAGAAAUAUUGCUGAUUGGUGCCAUUGCCCAUUUCGAGCCUUUCUUAUCAGUGAAAACACAUCAGCACAAACACCAACAUGGUAAUCUAUAUUAGUGCAAGAAAAAUCAUCCAAUUAUCUGGGGUCCAUGAAUUACCUAAGCUCAUCCUUAUGUAAUAUUUUAAUUUUCCUCCUCAUUCAAUUUAUAGAAAAUUAGAAGCUUGGCCCGUGGAUGCCAUAAUUUCCUUGCUAGUGACAGACAUUUCCUAAUUAAAAUCACCCAAUGUCAAUCAUUAGUGCCAAGAAAAUCCUUUAAAAGCAAUAUUUUCUUCUUUGAAGAUGUCUUUUGUGAAAGAAUCCUGUUUUUUCAUGCUUCCAUCUUUGAAAAAAAAAAGUCUGCUUGAAAAAUGUCUCCUCUUGUACCCUCCCCUACCUCUUACAAAGUUUUCCAAAGUACUUUUCAGAAGCACUCAGUAUCAUUGCUUUGGGUCCUGGGUGCUUUGGGUCCUUUGAGAUAGUCUCCUGAAUUAAAGUAUGGGACAGUUUGAUUUCC